GAGUAUUAAAAAACUUGGAAUACAAGUUGAUCGCUAAUUCUACUCAACCCGUUUCACUAUUCCUGGUGGUGCCUGACCGGACAGGCACCAGCUCGCUUGCGGCGGCUAUCCCGUUGCGGCGGCACGACAACCAGCCAGAACGCAGGAAAGCCCAUUGCUUCAUCCAUCACCCGCCAUACGAUCUUGCAACUUCCGUUCUACGCGCUCCCUGGGCUCUGCACCCGUGCCAGUCCUGGUCUUUACUCACUGAUCUCCUUGAUCCGAGGAUUUCCCAGCGCCCCGGUCUCCUCUCCGAGAAGCGAACACGACCUGACCCGCCGGGAUCAUAGGCCUUUCAACCCCCUCCUUGAGCCUGAUCCCGCACUUCCCCCUCCCGUUUGCUACGCAAGAGGACCCCCUCACAAACAACUCACAAAGGGCGCGACUCUAUCUAACUGUCCCUCUUCGGGGAUCUCUUACUGGUGGCUUGGUCCCUGCAUUGGAUUGAACGGAGCUUUGUUGACCACUGCGAAGGCAGUCGCUUCAAGCUCCACAGUCCACCAUGGCGACCCAUGCCUCAGCAACUCCGAUAUUCUCCACCACCAACGGUGACGCGCGGGGACCUUUGAACAACUCGACUGCCGGAAAUAUGUCUGGACCAACGCCCACCGUGAAUCGCAAGAAACAAAAGCGUCGGCAGAAACAAGCCGCUCGCUUAGCGGCGGACCCUUCCGAAAACCAUGCCGCGGGAUUUGUCGCGGAUCAGCCCGACGAGCGACAUGUCUACGAUGAUAACGCCGACCUUGACACUGCUGACUCCACCCACACGGAUCCAGAUAGCAUGUACAAGAAUGGCGAGUCUGGCUCUCAGCAUGAUCUCAACGGACCGAUGAUAUCGAAUGACCCCGCCGACCACCCAGACCCACCCGGACAUAAAUCGAAAAAGAAGAAAAACAAGAAAGGCCGGUCUGGUUCUCAUACUCUCGCAGAUGGCAGCUCAACUCCUCUCUCGACCCCCUCCGCCACCUUCUCCCAUCCGCCUCCACAUUCGCACUCUCUACCAUAUGGCCACCGUUUCCCAGCCAGGUCGACCAAAGAAAGCAGCAUCUGGAACCAGUCAUCGUUGGAAGAACGGGAGAAUAUCCGGACCUUCUGGUUUGAACUGGGCGAGGAGGAACGCCGCCAACUCGUCAAAGUCGAGAAAGAUGCUGUUUUGAAGAAGAUGAAGGAACAACAGAAGCACUCUUGCAGUUGCACUGUGUGUGGCCGAAAGCGAACCGCAAUUGAGGAAGAGCUAGAGGUCUUGUACGAUGCAUACUACGAAGAGCUUGAACAAUACGCCAAUAACAACCAGGGCUCUUUUGACGAAGGUGCCCCCAUUAUCCCCCCCCCUCGACUGUACCAAUCCCCUCUUCGAUCGCCCGGUCAACAUACUCGCACGCAUGGACAAUUUCACCCGUCACGGGGCCGAGUGCAAGAAUUACCCGAGGAUGAUGAAGAGGACUUUGAAGACGAUUAUGACGACGAGGACGAGGAGGACGAAGACGAGGAUGACUUGUACAGCGACGAGGAGUACGAGGACGAGGAGGCGCGUGCUGCCCGGGCCGAUUUCUUUGCCUUCGGGAAUAGUCUCACGGUCAAAGAUGGCAUUCUUACUGUGGCUGAUGAUCUACUGAAAAACGACGGCAAACACUUCAUCGAUAUGAUGGAGCAACUAGCCGAGCGCCGAAUGCAACGAGAAGAGGAUACGCAGUACAAUAUCGCCGCCGCCCACCAAUCUUUCCAUGCCGGUCAUAACCAUGGUCCUCUCGACGAUGAAGACUACGACGAUGAGGAGGAUGACGAUUACGAUAGUCAGGAGGAGGAAGAGUUCGAUGAGGACGAGAUGGAUGCUAUGACCGAAGAGCAACGCAUGCAGGAAGGGCGACGAAUGUUUCAGAUAUUUGCCGCUCGAAUGUUCGAACAACGAGUCAUGACGGCAUAUCGAGAGAAAGUUGCCGAGCAGCGGCAGAAGCAGCUCAUAGAAGAACUCCUGGAAGAGGAGAACCGAGAGGAGCAGCGGAAUGCUAAGAAGGCUCGAGAGGCGCAGAAGAAGAAGGAUAAGAAGCGCCUACAGAAGCAAGCGAAGGAAGAGGAAAAGGCUCGUCGUGAUGCAGAGAAAGCUGCUGAGGAAGCUGCAGCGAAGGCUGCGCACGAGAAAAAGUUGGAAGAGCAGCGAAUCAAGCGUGAGGAGCAACGGAAGAAGCGCGAAGCCGAACGCAAAGCACAAGAAGAUGAGCGAGCUCGCAAAGAAGCCGAGAAGCAACGACGUGCCAAAGAAGAGCGCGAGCGGCAAGCUGAAGCCGAGCGGAAGCAGCGUGAGCAAAAGGAGGAGAAGAAGAAGCGCGAUGAAGCGAAGCGCAAGGAAAAGGAAGAGCGUGAUAGGAAGGUCAAGGAGGAACAGGAGCGCAAAGCCCGUGAUGAUCAGGCUAAGAAGGAACGUGACAUUGCCACGAGGGCAGAGCAAGCCGCAAAGCCUUACAUGCAGCCGAAGCCGAUUUCGCACGCUGGCUCCAUCCCUCUCCCCUCUGCUCUUCAAACGCAGACUCAUCCUGGUUCAUUCCAAUCGCCACACUAUGCUGUGGCUACUCCUGUCGCCCCGAAAGUUUCAACCCCGAGCAGGCCACGCCAGCCAUCCCAGCAGGGGUCUCACUCUUCGUCUCCUCACUCGCAACCAGCAAGUUCAGACUUUCCCUUGCAGCCUUCAAUCUCUCCGCGGUCUCUAGCACAGUCUCAAUCGGGAGCCCCCAGCCUUGGUCGACAUGUCCAGCAUCAGCAGCCUCAUCUGCACCAUCCUCAACCUUCCGCCCCUCUGUCACCUCUGGGCCGCAGUAACCCGCCAGGUUUCUCGGCCCUCGGUGGCUUACCGAUAAACCCUCCGGGCUUACCAGGAAUGGGGGGCCGACCGCUUCACCCACCCGAUCUGCCAAUGUACUCUCCUAACUCGGCGAUGAUGAACCCUCUUAGAGGGGGGUUCGGCCCUGGAAGCAUUCCCGCCCCUCCUGGUAUCAACGGAGUCCGUCCAAUGCCUCCAGGCCGAGGGUUCCCGCUUCCUGAAUCGGGGCACGGUCUUCCAUUCCCAGGCCACCAUGCUGUUCCUGGAGCAUUCGGUAUGCAACAGCCUGGCUUGUCGAAGACUCAUUCGAGACAGCCAUCUGGCUCAUUCGAUCGCUCUUCUUUGGAGUCCGGUACCCAGCCGUUCCCCAUUUCGCGCCCAAGCCCUAUCAAGCGUCCGCCGAGCACUGCACAGGACCAGCAUGAGCAUCAUGGCCAUGGCCACCCUCAACCCCAGCGUGACAUCGAUGCCUUGAGCACGCAGCUGGGAAGUAGCGCGCUCCUCGACGACACGGACGCUGCGUUCUCAUCGAAGCUGUCACAAUCAUUGCCUGGCGCUCCUGCGCCUGGGCCGUAUGCGUCUCCAGCGAGAGCCAGUUUCCAAGGGUCGUUGUUCACGGACCCACUAGGAGCCAAGCAUACACCAUUUGUAGGCGGAUCUAGCUGGGGUGCACCUGCACCUUUUGGAGGGCCCGCUUUCCCUGGUGCCUCUACCUGGGGAGCCACGACUGGAACCGGUUGGUCUCACAAUGCCUUUGCAGCUAGUGGCCAUCAUCGACCACACACCUCUCGCCCUGUCACUGUCCGCUUGUUGGUAAUUCAAGCCUGCAAGUACCUUAACAGUCUAAGCCCACGCGCUGGCUCGGGUGGCUAUCAUGAUGUGAACCUCGUUCUCGACCAGGCAGAGCAGCUGCGGUCUCCCUCUGAGCCGGCAAUCUCCCUGGAUGAGAUGCUUGAGAUCUGCGAUACGGAAGGCAGUUCUCAAAAUGGCGGUGGCUCUUUCUCCAUCAAGAAUGAAGGGAAGGGCCAAUUCGUCAAGUUCGAGCCAGACACGAACAGCGCCGUUACAGGACAUCGAGGCAGCAUCGUGCCGGGUGAUAUCGGUAGUCCGAUUCCUGCAAACAGCAAUCCAGCUGUCUUUGGUGGAUUCGGCGCGCCUGCUUCCUCGGCGCUGCGACAGUACUCUUCGCCAGCGGCUGGAUUGUUUGGCGGAACUGCCUAAGUUUCUGCUUUUUUACGAGUCCAUUUGAUCGCUCGGGGCCUUGGGCCGUCCACCUUGUCCGAUCUUAUGGGAAUGAUAUCUAACAUGACUCUUCUUUCUCCACCCCUUUCACACCAUUUUCCUCAUCUGCGUUCCUCUUUUGAAUUCAAGCGUCACGGGUUAACGUCUCAUCCACCACGUUCUGAACUAUCUUGAUCUUUCCUCAUCGAUAUGGGUUUCUUAUUUUUGUGUCCAAGUCGGUCGGCUGCUGGACUUGGACCUGGGGCAUCCUGGGUUGGUAUUAUGUGUACGGUAUGAUUCUUUGUGUUUACUGGCCUUUCUGCAUUAUGCAGCGAUAUCCGUGGAGAAUGGGACAAUCUCCCUCUCCUUCAUCGUCCUUGACCCAAUUGCAUGAUCGAAGGUUUCUUCGUCUUUUGCCAUUAUCUUUGGAUUCCAUCUUGUAGUUUGUUACUCUGUCUACUCAUUUUGGACAGAGAUUGAACGUAUAAGACUAGUGAUUCUCCUUAUUGGAGAAUUGAACUUAUUAAUCUUUGUAGGAAGCAAAUAGGUAGUGGAUGAAGAAGGAAGGGUAUGGAAUGUUGUCCAGUGACAAUGGUACACUUGUAUAUACUCAAGAACCAAAAAGAGAAAAGCAACAUGGCAGAGGGCCGGCUUCCAGAAGAGAACAAGAGAGAAAGGGAAUGGAAGGACAAGACCAAGGAGAAACCAGGAUUCCAGGAUCCCGCGCCAACAAGACUGACAGUUCCUCACGAGAGGAACCACCUCAAUCUAUACACGAGCCUGGCCCGGUUGGGAGCAAACCGGUACCUUUUUCAAUCCGCAGUGUGAAUUUACUGCCGCUCGGUUACAACGCCUUCAUAGUCGCGGGACCUGAUGUACUCCAAUGUGCGCUCGAAGUGGCGUUUGGGACCCUCGAGGCUCGGGUUUGGUUCGUCUUCGCUAGUCUGAAGGUUGGAAUGAAUGAGCUCGAUUAGCCCAUUGAGAUACUUGGUCGUGACGGUUUCGUUUUGCUGGUCGAAAUAAUACACGUAGCGGUUCAAAAUUUCGACGAAUAGCUCCACGGAAACGGCCGUGUCCAUGCAGGCAUCGGCAACACGGAGGGCACGCUGGAGGCACUCGAGAACCCGUUUGCCAUCGCGGUAGAG